AUGGAUGAUUGUGAAUAUUUACUCUUUGAUAGGAUAUCUACUUAUCGAUGGAAUAGUUAUGCUAUUGAGAAAUUUAUUCCCACUUGCCUUUGCCAUUGUGGAGGGAGAGAGCAUCGACACAUAGAGAGUUUUAGAGGUAGUGGAAUUAACUGGUUUAGUUACAUUCACAGGUUGUUGGGCGGGGGUUUAGAGCUCGAUGGAGCUCUUAUCAUUUCAUUAGUGGAGAGGUGGAGGCCGGAGACUCAUACAUUCCACCUCACGCCAGCCUUAGUUUAUGAGCUACUAGGGGUUCGGCCAGAAAACCCUGAAGACCCUAUAGAGCCGAAGAUCAUCACUAGAUCCUUGUUGAAGUUGAUUUGGCUCAAAGAGCAUUUCAGCGUGCUAGAGGACGACGCGGAUGAUGUUACAGUCGAGAGGCAUGCACGCGCAUAUAUUUUGUACCUGUUUGGAUGCAUCUUGUUUCCAGACAAGAGCGGUGACUCGGUCCAGUUGAUCUAUCUCCCUCUGCUAGGAGACUUAGAGCGGGUAGAUGAGUAUAGUUGGGGAAGUGCUACCUUUGCAUAUCUGUAUCAUAAUUUAUGUCAAGCAUCUCGUAAGGGUGCCAAGGUCAUUGGAGGCUGCUUGUAG